AUGGGGGAGAUCUCGAAAUACACUACAGAUCAACUCAUUGACUUUCUCGGCCACGACCUCGUCACGGGCAGUAUAGUUCUCCCCCAGCAAUUGUACAAAGUUGCCUAUGAACUGAUUUGUAUCAUAUUCGAAUUGGGCGUCCUUGUCGCAUCCGCGACAUCCUCGAUUCACCUAGCAGUGCUGAGCAUUAGCUUCCUAUAUGUUGUCCAAUCGACAUUUAUUACACAUGCCAGAGGCGCCUAUCGCUCCUCUCGCGCCGCUACUCUCAACGUCAAAACUUUCUUGGCCGAAACACUCUCUGGCCGCACGCACAUUGACAAUUUGCGGCGCAAAGAAUGGUACUGGGACACCUUCGUUCAAAACAUCAGAGCUUCAUACAAAGCCCAUAAUGAGAUAUUACGAUACCUCGAAUGGCUACAACUGAACGCCGAUGUAUUUAAUCUAGUAUUAAUUAUCGGAGCUAUGAUAUUUACUUUCACUAGGGGGGAUGUCAGUGCAACAUCUCUCGGUCUCGCUAUUGUCACCGCUGUUGGACUCAAUGCCCCUCUACAGCGGCUACCGAAAACUUGGCUUCUUACUGAGGACGCAAUUGAUGUCGUACAAAGCAUGCAAUCAUUCAACGAAAACGCAAUGCGAAGCUUCGCGACCGAGAGUGUUGACAUUCCCCGCGAAUGGUCUCACGAUGGUGCUGUCGAGUUUAGAAACGCCAAGAUGAAGUCCACCGUUACAUUGAAUGGGCGGGCGGAGAUAGGCGACAAGAUCCUGAUAUGCAGUAACAACGGAUGUGGCAAAUCUUCUAUGCUCCAUAUACUUCUUGGCCUACGCCCAUACAAAGGAUCUAUCAAGAUUUCAGGCAUCGAGCUUCGCAACAUUCCUCCAAGAUUACUUCGUCGAAACGUUGCAACCGUUAUUGAAGAGCCACUCGACCUGAAGGGCAAUGUCCUCGAUAAUCUGCUUCUAACGCGUAUCACCGGGAACGGCAGAAUCUACCCCCAUAUGCAGGUAUUGGAGCAGGUCCUUAUAACACUCAAUUUGUGGCACCUCAUCACCGCCCAACGAAGCGGUUUACGGACGCCACUUAAGGACUUGAACCUGUCAUAUGGCCAACGCAUAUGUAUGAAUGUCGCAAGGGCCGCUAUUUACAAAGCACAAAUGGGCUGCAAGAUUGCCAUUGUUGAUGAUGCGCUCAGCAAAGUCGACCUUCCGCAGAUGGGUCGAAUAUUUGACGUCCUGGAGGCGGCCUUCUUUGAUUGCACAAUUUUUAUUGUGCGCUUGAACAGAGAUGCCGAUUUGAACGUCCGAAUGCUGAAUUCUUUGGAAUGA